CGGUCCUCCACACGUCAACGUUCGCUCGCUCUCCAACAACGACUCCGCACGACCAUGGCGGCAUCCAUGCCGGCCUCCCCCCUCCGGCCGCUCCUCCUUCUCCUCCUCGCCGCCCUCGCCUGCCACGCGGCGGACACGAGCUGGAGCGGGAGCCCCUUCCGCCACGGGCGCGGCCGCGGCCUCGGCGUCAACUACGGCAGGGUGGCGGACGACAUCCCGACGCCGCGGCGGUCCGUGCAGCUGCUGCGCGCGGCGGGGGCGGGCUCCGUCAAGAUCUACGACGCCAACCCGGCGGUGCUCCGCGCGCUGGCCGGCACGGGCAUGGCGGUCUCCAUCAUGGUGCCCAACCAGGUCAUCCCGGACCUUGCCGCCUCCUACGCCGCCGCCGACCGCUGGGUCGCCGCCAACCUGCUCCCCUACCUCCCGCGCACGCGGGUCAAGUUCCUGCUCGUCGGCAACGAGGUGCUCUCCGACGGCUCCAUCGCCGCCUCCACCUGGCCCCGCAUCGUGCCGGCCAUGGAGAACCUCCACCGCAGCCUCCGCGCGCGCCGCGUCAGCCGCGUCAAGCUCGGCACCACGCUCGCCAUGGACGCGCUCGUCGCGGGCGCCUUCCCGCGCCCGCCCUCCGCCGCGGCGUUCCGCCCCGACAUCGCCGAGUCCGUCCUGCGCCCGCUGCUCCGCUUCCUCGAGGGCACCAACUCCUACUACUUCGUCGACGCAUACACCUACUUCGUCUGGGCCGGCAGCAACGGCACCGUCCCGCUCGACUAUGCGCUCCUCCAGCCCGCCACGCGCGCCCGCUACGUCGACCCCGGCACGGGCCUCACAUACACAAACCUGCUCGACGAAAUGCUCGACGCCGUGGGCGCCGCCAUGUCCAAGCUCGGCCACGGGGGCGUCAGGAUCGCCGUCGCCGAGACCGGCUGGCCCAACGGCGGCGACUACGACCAGAUCGGCGCCAACGUCCGCAACGCCGCCGUCUACAACAGGAACCUCGCGGCGCGGAUGGCCAGGAACCCCGGCACGCCAGCGCGGCCGGGCGCCAGGAUGCCCGUGUUCGUCUUCUCCCUCUACAACGAGAACCUCAAGCCAGGCCCGGGCACCGAGCGCCACUGGGGGCUCUACUACCCCAACGGCACGGCCGUGUACCGGGUCGACCUCACCGGGCGGCGGCCGCUGUGGGCGUACCCGCCGCUGCCGGCGCCGGAGAACGACACGCCGUACAAGGGCCAGAUAUGGUGCGUGCUGGCCGCCCACGCCGGCAGGAAGCUGAACGAGACGGCGGUGGGGGACGCGCUGACGUACGCGUGCGGGCAGGGGAACGGGACCUGCGACGCCGUCCAGCCCGGCGGCGAGUGCUUCCAGCCCAACACCGGCGCGGCGCACGCCAGCUACGCCUUCAACUCCUACUGGCAGCAGUUCAGGAAGACAGGUGCUACGUGCUACUUCAACAACCUCGCAGAGCAGACCAUCAAGGACCCAAGUAAGCAUGCACAAACUCAACACUCCUGCUCUACACAUUCUGAAAUUAACUACUGCUACUCCAAAUUGUAUGCGCUUAAAUGAUUUAUGCGUUGCAACUAGAUUAUUUGAGCUAGUGCGUUGGGUUAUUGAAACUGUGUACCCUUGGCGUCGAUUAGCAGUACCUGGUGAACAGAAUACAUAGUACAUUUUUCAGAUGAACAAAACAAAGUAAUGUCUUCGGUUUCUUUAGCUGGACGUGGGAUGAACCUUCUGAAACUAGCCAAGGAUAUAGUACAGUUUAGGAGAACGGUACAGGACCAGCUUGGUUCUAGGUAUGAUCGGGGGUGAUUAAAUUAAACUGCUCUAACUUGUCACCUGAGAUUACAUCGGGUUAUUCAAAUGACCAAAUCUGGAUCAGGUCAUUCCAAACUAGGAGAUCCUUCCGAUGCAGUCUUAGCUGUUAUGAAGGGUUUACUUAUUAUAAUGCUGAUUAGGGCGAUGAAAUCAAAUUGCCCUAAUGUCUCUCCUAAUAUUAUACUAGACGUCCCUCUUAUGAUCCAUUUGGUGUACUGCAUAUGAUAUCUUAGGCAGGUAGUUCAGUGAAGAGAUUAGGAUCGAGAUAUUUGAAAAUGCUUACCACUUCCUAGUAGUUGCUAGCCUGUAAGCUUUAGUUCUCUAUUGCCCAUAGCUGAUUGAUUACUUGGAUAAUUUAUUCUGCUAAUGAUACAUGAGGAUUAUAAUGGAAUUGUGCGGGGAAUAAGGCAACUACUUAUUAUGCAAACAGAGUUGACCCACAGCUUGGAGAUCCAGAUAUUGGUAUGCACAAGAUGCUUGUGCAUUAGACCUGUUGUUGUGAAAAUAUAUUCAGCAGCCAUAGUGUUGACCCAACACAUUUGGAUCUCGAUUGUUUUAUCUAUUGUUUUAAGCACAAGCACAAGCACAAGUAGAAGCUUGUUUCUGACAACUUCAUCUUAUGGAAUGAGAUGAACACACUGUUCGCUGUAGAGCGUCAUGAACCCUUCCCAGUGAACAUUUAACACUAAUGGUUUCAUUUUACUGACUGGGUGUGAAUAGGUAUGGCUCUUACAGUCUAACAGUUGGGAGUUCAGCAGUUAUGCACUUGUUGAAGCUAGUAUCUGCAACCAACACCACAUUGGCAUCGUUUUCGAAA